GCAGCAGCACAGCAACGGCGGCAGCAAUGCAGCAUUUCUUCCCGAAUUUCAUAUUCCCAAAUUGCCCUCCAUUAAAACCCGUAAAUUCCUCCCAGUUCCCUCCUCCUUCCCUCUCCCGUCGUCGUUGCCCUCUCAAAACCAAUCCCUCAAAAUCCCGAAAGUACCCCUCGCCCAAACUCGAUCUCCGAAAGCUCACCACACGUGUAGUCGAUCUCACCCGUCGAAAGCAACUGCAUCAGAUAUUUGAAGAGGUGGAGCAUGCGAAAAGGCGGUACGGGAAGCUGAACACGAUUGUAAUGAAUGCAGUUGUGGAGGCUUGCGUUCACUGCAGUGAUGUGGAUUCUGCGCUCCAGAUCUUUCGAGAGAUGUCAGAGCCAGAGGGCUGUGGUGUUGAUGGCAUCACAUUUGCAACCGUGCUGAAGGGUUUAGGUGAGGCUCGGCGAAUUGAUGAAGCAUUUCAAAUACUUGAAUCUGUGGAGCAAGGCACUGCUGCAGGAAGUCCAAAGCUGUCGCCUUCGCUCAUCUCUGGUCUAUUAAAUGCGCUGCUUGAAGCAGGAGAUCUGCGCCGUGCAAAUGGCCUUCUUGCACGUUAUCGUUUUGCACUGCAUAAAGAAGGUCCUUCAAUCUCUAUGUACAACUUACUGAUGAAGGGCUAUAUAAACACUGAUUUCCCUUUGGAUGCUUUAACUGUACGUGAUGAAAUAUUCCGUCAAGGAUUGAAGCCUGACCGUCUCACUUACAAUACACUAGUCUUUGCAUGUGUCAAGUCUGGAAGAAUGGAUUCUGCGAUGCAGUUGUUUGAGGAAAUGAAGGAAGAAGCACAAAGAGUUAAUUGUCCAGAGCUUUUUCCAGAUGCUGUCACCUACACUACCUUACUUAAGGGUUUUGGGAAUACCAAAGACCCACUUUCAGUUCAGAAGCUUGUGGUGGAAAUGAAAUCAUCACUUUAUCUGUUUAUCGAUCGAAUUGCGUAUACUGCGAUGAUUGACGCAUUGCUAAAUUGCAGCUUAACUAGAGGUGCCCUUUGUGUAUUUGGGGAGAUAAUAAAGAGGACUGGAGAAAAUCAGAACCUUCGGCCGAAGCCCCACCUAUAUCUUUCUAUGAUGCGGACUUUUGCUGCCGAAGGAGAUUAUGAUCUGGUCAAGAGGCUGCGUGUUCGCAUGUGGCUGGAUUCUGUUGGAGCCAUCUCAGCUGAAGUUCAAGUAGAAGCUGAUGAACUUCUCAUGGAAGCAGCCAUAAAUAAUGGGCAGCAGAUCAGUACAGCCAGACAGAUACUUUCAGGCAUCAUUAGAAGGCAUAAAGGAAUAUCCUGGACCAGUAGAGGAGGCAUGGUUGCUGUGCGUGUAGAGGCUUUGUCUGGGUUCACCAGUUCUAUUUUUAGUCCUUACGUCCUUCCUCAGGUAUCAUUGGAUGAUCCAAUUGAGAAAUAUAUGACACCAUUUCAAGAAGCCAAUCCGUUGCUAUCUAGCUUGGAGUUGAAGCAAGUCAUGAUGCGUUUCUUUAGGGAUGCUGUUGUGCCUGUUGUGGAUGAUUGGGGUAGUUGUGUUGGGUUAAUACACCGUGAAGAUUGCAAUCAGCUGGACGCAUCUCUUUCGCAAGUGAUGCGGGGUCCACCUCCAUGCAUAACAACCUCAACAUCCACCCGUCGAGUCAUCGAACUGCUCCUCGAGAAGAGAUACAAAAUGAUUGUGAUUGUAAAAUCCAACAAUGACUAUGAAACUAGUUACAGCUCGAGUUCGAAACCAGUUGGGGUGUUCACAUUCGAGCAAUUGUUUAAACUUGCUAUUCCUGUAUCAAAGGCUGAUGAAUCUUUGGAUAGAACUUUCAUGUAAUUGCUAUGUAAAUAUGUAAUUUUGUAGUGAGUUUUCUGA